AUGGCAGACGAAACACCCGGGGCAGGUCCAUCCACAAUAACCACCACAAACGAGCCAGCGCCGGAGCAUCCACUACCAUCGAACCAUUAUUAUGCUGUCGAAUUCCCAGGAAAUGUCCAGCAGGCUUCUGCAGGACGAGCUAUAGAACAUCUCGGUGGUCAAUCUGCCAUUAACCGCGCAUUCAAACGAAAUGCACCAAAGACGGAUUCACUCCUUGAACUUAACUGGAGGCCUGAGGACCCUUUCUCCCAUCCUAUACCAGGGGACGUUGUUCAUGCGAACAACAUCUUAUUGAAGGUCACGAAACGGAAAAGAAAGCGGAGGGAUGGCGUUGACUUGCCAGAGCCGGAAGGUGAAUUCGUCGCGGAGGCUGUCGGAAUUGUACCAAAGACAGUCCGUUUCAGGAGCAUGGCGGACUUCCAAUAUAAUCCAGAUACAUCUGAUCCUGUAGUCCAGUUUCGUUCGGCCAUGGACCGCAUGGACGUCGAAUAUAUAAGAAACUACGUGAUACCACCUGAAAAGGAGGACUAUGAGCUUCCUACAACCGAUCCUGAAGAUACUGAUAUGCAAUCCGAUGGUGUUGGCCCGUCAAGCAUGACACCUCGGAGCAAUCUUCGCCUUAUACCUCCACCAGUCUUCUCUCGUCAACAAAUCCCGCAGAUCUACAAUUACAAGGCAAAUACUAUGUCGGUGGUCACGACUUAUGCUGACCCGGAGACUGGCGAGGAGAAAAAGCGCCUUAUUAAUAGAGCAAGAUGGAAAGGAUACGGACCUGCGACUGUUUCGUUUUCUGACAAGACGAUACCUCUCGGGCCUCCUGAGGCUGUGGCUAAAGCAACGACGGAGUCUGACAAACGGAUACUGGAUCUCUUAAAACAGAGGUUCGAUGAGCGCCCGUGUUGGACGAAGACUGCACUUUUCAAUCAGUUCAAUGCAGGAGACUCCCGGGAACUCAUGAAUUCUAAGCACUUGUUACCCUCUGUGUGCUAUGUUUUCUCUGACGGACCUUGGCGAGAUACACUGCUAAAGUUUGGAUACGACCCGAGGGCUGAACCUUCUGCACGAUUUUAUCAGCGUCUUUACUUCCGCAAUCUCAAUCAUCCGAUUGUGCGACCAUCUAUCGUCACUAGUCGGCAGGACCAACGAAACGCAGAUAGACAAGGAUCACUACCUCCGCCGUCUCAGAUCGGUGACUCGAGCGCAAUUUCAUCAAGCAACGAAUCACCAUCGCAUAUCUUCGAUGGAAUUCAUUUGACGAAGGAAACGGCUGCCUUUCAACUCUGCGACAUUGUUGACCCGAUGAUAAAGGAGAUGGUUGAAGAUGAAGAAGGCGUCCGAGACGAGUGCAAUGAGCGUGAUGGAUGGUACACGACAGAAGCUAUCGAUCGCAUCAAGACUGUUCUUCGACACAAAUUCUUCUCAUUGCUUGAAGGCCACAUCCCAAGUGAAGAAGAAUGCAAAGCGCUUCUCGAAAAUAGCCAAGAAUCUCGCUUCAGCCAAAGACGUGUUUUCCAGCCCAGGAAACAUAACAUGGCCAAGGGAGCGUUGGCGCCUGAAGAUGCUGCGGCCGUUCGUUUACGCGCGAAACUAGAUAUUGCCACGAAAGCAGCAUUGAACAGGAACCGAUAA